AUGAGCAGCAACGAUCAAUAUAAGCAAGAAGCCGAGAAAGGCGAGACCAUCCAACUUGAAGAAGCAGGAGCCAUUGAAGAACCCCUCAAACCCGGUAUCAAACUUCCAUCUCAACAUGCGGAUAUCUAUCAUGAAGCUAUACAGAGAUAUCCCGAUGAUUCACAUAUCAACCCAGAUGACGAAAAGAGAUUGAAGAGGAAGCUCGAUAGAAGGAUCAUCCCUUUAUUGGGUAUCUGUUAUUUCUUCUACUAUGUCGACAAAACGACUUUGUCAUACGCUGCGAUAUUCGGUAUCAAGACUGACCUUCACUUGGGUAAACAAGAUUAUUCAUGGUUAUCUUCGAUUUUCUAUUUCGGUUGGUUAGCUUGGGCCAUCCCGUCGAACUUGAUCAUGCAGAGAUCACCUCCUGCUUAUUACCUAGGAGCCAAUAUUUUCUUCUGGGGUGUUUUCCUGAUGGCUCAAGCUGCGUCCAAGAACUUUGCCGCCAUCGCCGCUUUGAGAGUUAUCUCAGGGGCUGCCGAAGCUAUUGCGGAUCCUGCGUUCAUGUUGAUCACCUCAAUGUACUAUACUCGAGCUGAACAACCCUCAAGAAUCUCAUGUUGGUACGCGUUUAACGGAAUCGGUGUGGCCGGCGGUGGAUUGAUAGGAUACGGUAUCGGAAACAUCAAGGGCGCACUUGCGUCAUGGAGAUACGAAUUCCUCAUCGUCGGAGCGGCGUGUUCAGCUUGGGCUAUCUGCUUGUUACUUUACCUUCCCAAUUCUCCAGCUACCUUCAGGGGAUUCUCCUACGAAGAGAAACUACUUAUGAUCGCUAGAAUGAGAAAGAAUCAAACCGGUAUUGAAAACCGAAAGAUCAAAUGGAGUCAAGUCCGAGAAGCAUUCACAGAUUACAAGACUUACAUGUUCUGCUUCCUUGGUUUUAUCGGUAAUAUUCCUAACGGAGGUAUCAGUAACUUCUCUACUCUAGUUAUUCAAGGGUUAGGCUUUGAUACACUCCAUACCGCUUUACUCGGUAUCCCUCAGGGUGUCUUUGUCGUCAUUUGGAUCGGUGCAGGUGCAUUAAUCAAUGAUCGUCUACCUAAGAACAGUCGUACACUCGUCUGCGCAUUGUUCAUGUUACCUACCAUCUCGGGCGCUUUGGGUUUCUUACUUGCUCCUAAAGAUGCUUAUGUUGGUAGAUUAAUCUGCUUCUAUCUAACCGGUUCAUACCAAUGUUCAUUCGUCCUUUCCCUAUCACUCAUCACCUCCAACACAGGUGGACAAUCCAAGAAAAUGCUCGUAUCAGCUAUGAUCUGGUUCGGAGCCUGUGUAGGUAACAUCGUCGGUCCAUUCUUCUUCAAAUCUGAACAAGCACCCAAAUACUCUCUUGGAAUCGGGGCUAUCUUGGUUUGUAACAUUUUGGAAUUCUUGUUGUUCUUCGCUUUCAGAUUCGCAUUCAUGUAUGAGAACAGAAAGAAGAAGUUGGCUAUUGAACGUGCCUCCGCUGAAGUAACCGGAGAGGCAGGAGAAAGGGAUCUGAACCAAACUGCUUUUGCGGAUUUGACGGAUAAGGAGAACCCUCAUUUCGAAUAUGUUUAUUAG